AUGCCUUUCCAUCCAGUGACCGCCGCGUUGAUGUACCGGGGCAUUUAUACCAUCCCCAACAUCCUUGCAGAACAGCAUCCUGUUGACAUACCUGAAGAUGAACUGGAAGAAAUACGUGAGGCAUUCAAAGUCUUUGACCGGGAUGGCAACGGCUUCAUCUCCAAGCAGGAGCUAGGCACGGCAAUGAGGUCCCUUGGCUACAUGCCCAAUGAGGUAGAGCUGGAAGUCAUCAUCCAGAGACUGGACAUGGAUGGGGAUGGACAGGUGGACUUUGAGGAGUUUGUGACGUUACUUGGCCCCAAGCUUUCCGCUUCCGGCAUCCCUGAGAAGUUCCAUGGCACUGACUUUGACACUGUGUUCUGGAAGUGUGACAUGCAAAAGCUGACGGUGGAUGAGUUGAAGCGACUGCUUUACGACACCUUCUGUGAACACCUCUCCAUGAAAGACAUCGAGAACAUCAUUAUGACUGAGGAGGAGAGCCACCUGGGGACCACAGAGGAAUGUCCGGUGGAUGUGGAAACUUGCUCAAACCAGCAGAUCAGGCAGACGUGUGUCCGGAAAAGCCUCAUUUGUGCAUUUGCCAUCGCUUUCAUCAUCAGCGUCAUGUUGAUUGCCGCCAACCAGGUGCUGCGAAGUGGGAUGAAGUAGCCUGG